GCAGGUCUAUUCAGUCACGUGAAGGAUAUUUUGGCCCGGGUCUCUCCGGCUUUUCCCGGUAACUGCCAAGGCCGUGACUAAUACUGUUCUCUGAUUGGCUAUUCUCCCAUAUCAACCAAUCAGCGUCUUCCUAAACCCGCGCUCCUCCGUCAUCAAGCCAAAACACGUGCUUUUUCUUUUUCUACGUCAAGAAAUAAAAACUUUUUUCACUCUUUUCAACCUUUUUGCUUCGAAUUCAACUUUUCUUCCUUCCAUUAAUCCGCUGCAUUUAUCAAACAAACGACUCUAUAUACCCUCAAUCGACGUCUUUUAGACUAUACCGAUCCUUCGUUUCCGUCUCGCACACAUACUCUGACACAAUGGCCAAGGGUGCUGAUUCUUUUUCUCCUGGUAAGUUGUUGGAUUGAGCCGGCUCUAAGCAAAAAGGACAGCAGAGAGAGCUCGGUGCAGCUUGGAGAUCAAUAGAGGAGAUGUCGGAUAGCGAUAGGGAUAAUUGGGAUGGACAUAAUGGCCUGGCCGUUACUUCACUCUGCUUGUUUGCUGCUGCUGUAGCUCUAGAGUGAAGGAUAAGGCAAGGGCUAGUUUACAAAAGUCCCAUGAGCCCUGUCAUAUCCCUCUGUCCUACUGGUAUCGAAGUCAGUAAGAUGGCAGGCUUAUCAACAGCUACUUGGCAUCUUGCUAUUUUUCUCAAAGCUGCACUGUCUUUCUUGCUCUCUUACAUACUAUCUGUUAUCUGCUGCUGCUUGUAACGCUCAUCAUGUGUGCAACAUGCUCUAUCUGGGCCCUGUCAGUCAUUGAUAGCCUUGUUGAAGAUGAAAAGCGCAGAGAGCAGCAGAAACAACAGGGACUGUUGAAAGAAUUGGAUAAAGCUAACGAACUUGCCCGUCUUCCAGGUGAUGCCUCCAAGGGUGCCGGUCUCUUCAAGACCCGUUGUGCUUCCUGCCACACCCUAGAAAAUGGCGGCGCCAACAAAGUCGGCCCUAACCUUUCCGGCCUCUUCGGACGCAAGUCCGGUCAGGUCGAGGGUUUCUCCUACACUGAUGCCAACAAGGAGAAGGGCGUCACCUGGGACGAACAAUCCCUCUUCGAGUACCUCGAGAACCCAAAGAAGUACAUUCCCGGUACCAAGAUGGCCUUCGGUGGUCUCAAGAAGGCCAAGGACCGCAAUGAUCUCAUCACGUAUGCUCACUCCGCCCCAUUCUUUUCAUGGUUAUGCAUCUAACAAUCACACAGUUUCCUCAAGGAGAAUACCAAAUAAAUAUCUCGACCCGGCAUCUCUCUAUGACACACCAACCCACCUGUACCAUCUAACUCUUUCGUAUACAAUCUCCGCCUAAUAUUCCACUGUUUCUCCACCAUUCCUCACACCUUUAUCUACACAUUAACGGAAUGGACGAAUUACGAGGACCCAGGGAAAAAAUAGAAGGUGGCAUGUACCAAUAAUACCAAAAGAUCAUUUUCUUUCCACUUAGAUCUUACUCCUUUAUCUUCGUCUUGUGUUUUUAUUUUUUUAUGUUGUUUCAUAGUACUGUACCUCUGAUAGAUCAAGGGAAUCUUCUUGUUUCUCUGACUCCUGUUCUCUGCUACCAACUUGUAACAUGUCUCCUUUGAUGUCGUGUCUUCUGGUACUCGAGAGUCACCUUACUAUACAGUCUCCGCUCUCAAUCCAUUAUCAAUCAGUGCAUUCUAAUUUCAUCCUAAAUCAACGGUACCAUACAAUCUAAUGGCAGAAUGGCCAUAGGUUUAUUGAAUAGAAAGAACUCCUACCCAUAGAACUUCAAUGUCUGUAUGCAUGCAACGGUUGACCAUUCUCUACUAAUUAUCUCUAGCAAGCCAAUGAUUUAAAGCAAUGGGUCCUACCCGGAGCCUUGCUUGCUUGAGGAUGCAGGUUGUAUGCCGUACCCACAGCUGAGAUUGGAUGGUGAUGGCAUUAGAGUAUUUUAAGGUUAUUUCAACCACAGUCUUUCAACUCCCACAUCAACCAACAACCCCAGACCAUGGAAGACGCCUGUGAUAUCGGACAAGACUCCAAGAUGUUAAUGUGAGGCACAUAUGUCUCUUCCUCGGGAUGCUGAGAUGGAGACGGCCAAGAGAAAGACGAUCUGGGUAUCAGCGUAAAUUGUGGAGGGAGAGCUACCCUAGCAGUCGAGGCCCAAGAAUAUCAACAGACCUGAGAUGAGAUGAUAGAUAAAGGUCCUAUACCCGUCGAACAGAAAGAUCAUCGUCGCUUCUUUAUCGACCUUACUGCAUACGUCCAGCCUGGGUAUGCUCACUACUGCGAAAGCCAAGUUGAUAGCGGGCAUUAUUUGACAGAAUCUCGACGAAAGUCUUAUCCUACCGGUCAACCGGGAUGCUGACGCAUCAACGACUCCCGGUUUUUUGCCGCUAGACUGUGGAGGAUAGCCAGCUCAGACUUGGUCUAAAGGAGAGGUCAUAUGAUACUUGUACAUGGCUCUAGCGGUGCUGGGUGUGGAUAUCAGAAAAUGGCUCCCCUCAUGCUCUCUCACGGUUCCAACGACUAGACGACGAUCUCGAGCUAGAGAGCAGCGGGCAUUUCUUACACGAAGACCUUAAAGGCUAUCCUUGGGACAACAACUGGGGGAGAGGGGGUACAGGAGUGGCAUCCCGCGGGGAACUUGAUAUGAGAACUAGCGAUGAGCUUGACGGUGCAAGGGCUCGCCCGCAACGACUACGAAGAAGCAUCAAGAGCAUCAGUAUCCUGGCCAAUAAGUAACAUCUUAAGAUACAGGCAUAGCAGAUGAAACACGGCUUCCCGUCGCAUAAUUGG